UAGUAACUGGAACAGGGAAUUUGAUAUCUUUUUGUUCGAUUUGAUCUUUAGCGGUUUGAUUCACUCUGGUAAAUUGUUAUUUGAUUAUGUUCCAUUUCUGUUAAUCUAUAAGACAAAAGCUGGCAUAGAGUGGACUUCAGUCAGCAUUGCUCGCCGAUGGUGGAAAGAUGGAAAGCUGCAUUUACAGUACAGUAUCUGACAUGAGAGCGAAUCAUACUAGUAAAACAUAUUCUACUUACUUAACACCCAGCAGAACCUCUGCAGUCUACAGCAAUGCUGUUUUGAGCGCAAUUAUUGCCCUUGGAGGGAUUAUCGGAAAUUCCACCAUCAUAACCGCGUUCUUUCGAAGGAAAGCUUUGAGAAAUGUCAAUAAUAUUUUCCUAGUACAGCUGGCAUUCGUUGACUUGACAAAAGCCGUGUUCAUAUUACCAGUCAAAGUAUACACAAACCUGAGUUUGCUAUCCAAAGAACAGCACAUGAAACCAUGUAUUGAUCUCGGCUACUAUUGUAAGAUAUCAGGCUUCAUUUCAACAAUAACGUUUAUCCAUUCUGCCCUUCUCUUGGCAGCAAUCGGCGUUGUUCGUUACGUCAAGAUGGUGCGAUCUGUAUCGUUCAACAGAAUUUUUUCAAGGCGAAACACAGCUUGUUAUUGCCUUAUGCUUGCACUUCCAACUAUAAUUCUGGCGUUGCUACCUGUGAUUGGUGUAGGAUUGUACGCAUACAGCCCAUAUCAUGGAGUUUGCUUCACCAAUUGGGCUAGAGAGAACAAGACGUACAGAAUCAUUUUCUACAUUUAUAUAAUGGGGGUGGGUUAUGUCGCCAUUUUGUUUUCCUACGGAAGUAUCUACUUAAAGUUGCGUCAGCAUAGGAAGAAUACUCAGGCGAGUCUUGAUUCCGCAAAAUUCUCCUCAUAUCAAGGUCGUUAUAGGAAACGAAGCAACUCAAAUCGGUCUGCAAACGAAGAAAGAUCUUCCCAAGUCAACAACGAAAAGCAGUCUCAAGUUUCUGCAGGAUGCAUUUCGAUCGGAUGCGACAGUGAAAUAAAAGAUCGAAAUUCAGAGGUAUCCACAGUCCCUCCUCCCCAACCAAAUGAAUCUUCACAAAAAUUGAAUCGAACUGUGAAAUCUCCAGAUGACAGAACUCUGCGCACUGCACCGACCGUAAGGUCACAUAGCUCUUUCAGGGUGGAACUGAAAGUAACGAAAGUCAUGUUUGCAAUUGUUGUAGCCUAUACAGUGUGCUGGGUACCAGCGUUUAUUGUCAAUAUCAUAAUGUUAUCUACACAGGGAACCAGCAAUGUCAAUUCUCAGAAGAUCGACCCGGUUGCCCUCUUCUAUAUUAUAACUGUCGUGGACCUAAAGGUAUUGUUAAACCCAAUUAUUUAUGGAAUAUGGAACGGUCAAUUUCGAAAGGAGAUCAAGGGACUGUUUUCAAGAGUAUUAAGAUAUUUUUGAAUAACUAUUUAAUCUAAUUUAAUAUCAAAGACUAUUUGGAAAAACAGAGGCCUUAUAAUUCAAGUACUGCGAGGCAAUUUGCAGCCUAGGCCACCGAACGCAAGAAACCAAUCAAGUACCUUCGGUGGUCCACUAUCACAUUAAAUUUUAUCCGUCACUUCGUUUAUAUGUUGCAUCGCGAAGGUGGGAAUUUGGAUGCACUUUGUUUACAAAUGUGGAAAUUUGCAGGUUUAUAGCUGGGAAAAUUAUAUCAGUUUAGCUAAAAUUUGAUUAUGUGAAAAUAUGAAAGAUGUUACAUUGUAUUGAGUUUCGUGUGACGUUUGUGGAGUGCCAUAAGCAUCGAUCUUGAACUUAUUCCAGAAGCCUCAAAGGUAAAAAGCUGCCUUCCAAAUUUCUUCAUUAGUGUUAGCUACAGCGACGGAUUUAAGCAGCAAGGAAUGGAGGAGGGGUUUUAAAUAAUAAUUGGAUUUUGCAAAAAACAAGCGUUCAUUUGUGAUGCUAGCAGUGGGGAACAAUAACCUUCAAUUUUGACAGUUAUGUUUCUAAACCAUAAGCAAAUGUGCAGAGGCUUGAUAAAAUUGGACAGAAAUAAUUUAUCAUAUCGCGGCCCUGGAUUACUUAGAUCAAGACAAAGUACAUUUUGAGAAAGAGACUUUAAGGCAUUUUGAUUUCAUUUGCCGAUUAAAUCUUGUUAUAUACAUAACAACACUGAAUAAAAAUAUAUACAUAUAAAAAUUCGAAUACAAAUUACUCAUGAUAAAAAUAUAUUCAACAGAUACGAUACAUCGUUCGACUGACUUGAUUCCUCAAAAGAUUCUGCAAAGUUUAGAUGUUAAAAAGCAUGCUUGCUCAUACGAAAAUAGAUGUUAUAAAAACUGCACAUCUAGUUACAUAUUAUUUAUCAGUGAUGCUAAUGUUGUCUCAGAUAUUCUCAGACCCUAAAACCCAAAUGUGAUUUGGGAAACCAAACUUUAAACAAACUAAUACUGCAUAAAUACGGUAUUAGACGCUCAUCCCGGCCAGUCUACUGGACUGGCACACCUAGGCCCAUUUUGACAACCCACUGAAGAUAUAACGCGACAGUAUUCUUUAAAAUAUAAGUCUUUCGAACCUAAUUACCUGCUUGGUAUGACUUGAAAUCGAUCCAUACCAAGACUGAAGUGGCUAAACAGCUUAAAUAAAACACAAAUGAACAUUAACGCCCAAAAGCGACUCAGUUUACAAGUGUUAAAUUCCAAAAGAUCAAUUUGAUGAGAAGAGACUUUUCCCAUUCACUGGAAUUAUGAGCCUUUAAAUUUAUGAAACU